AUGCCCCAGGAUUACAGUUACAAGGGCUCCGGCACAAACAGCCAGGGCAACCACUGGUGUUCUCGUGACUACGGCAGCGGCGCCGCCAAUUCCAACGCGUACCAUUAUUCCAACAGUAACGGCUCGUACUAUUACUCCAACGCCAACGGUAGCACGUACUACAACAACGGCCAGGGUAGCGCCACGUACACAGCUCCCGGGGGAUCUCAGAGUUCUUCUGGGAGUGGCGGCAGCCAGGGAUCCAAGAAAUAG